UUUAAUAUUUGAAAAUGAUUCGGCGGCGCGCGCAGGGAGACAUUUUAAAUAUUUGUAAGAAAUGUUAUUUAUCUGUUCAUUUACUUGCAUUGAAAAGUUCAACGCGUAAACGCUGCAACGACACACGGGCAAGAUACACGACCUUAAAGAUAACGACUGAAUUCGCUUACAAGUUUUUUUUAAUUUUUAAUUUUUAUUUAUUUUAUUAUUUUUUUUUUUUUUUAACGGCAUGAUGAAGACAUUUAAUUUGACAGAUUCCAGUUUUGACAUGGAGGCCAUUCUUAAAUUAAUGAAUGAGCCAAAGAAUGGAGAAAAAGUGGAACCCAAGGUAGAAGAUCUGAUGAAUAAGUUAAGGAAAGUGCAACAAGGAAAAAUAUCGCUGGAAGAGGAGCUAAAAGAGGCACAGUCGCUCAGAAAGACCCUGUAUGAUGAACUGGAUGCCUUGAAUGCUGAAAGUUCUCGGCUGGAAGACAAUUACAAAGAAAAGGAAGAGUCAUGCAGGAUUCUGCGGUUCAAGUGCGAGGAAUUGGAAGUCGAAACUAGCAGACAACUGAAGAACAACAGCACAUGUGAAGAGAUAAUAAAGGAAUACACCUUCCAAAUCCAAGAGGCCAAGCUAAAACACAGAAAACAAAGGAUGGAGUUUGAGAAACAGCUGGAGCAGCUGAUGAAGCAGCACAAGAACCUUUAUGAGAUUUAUUCACCACAGAGACUCCCAGAAGAGAUCAAAAAUAUGGAACUAACCAAUGCACAGCGAUUAAACGCAGAAAAGUUUAAGCUUCGCCAGAUACACAGCCUGGAGGAGGAGUUGGGUGCACAUGGGGGCUUCGGGGCCACUGCUGAAGACAAGGUAGAAAAGAAGUUCCUGUACAGCCGUGAAGCUGCUGCUGCCUACAAGCUGUUCAAACAGGAGAAUGAUCAGGCAAAGCUCUUUCUGCAGGAGGGCUCUCAGCAUCACUCUGCACUGCAGCAAGAAAACAACAGUUUCCAGGAGAUGCAGUGAAGGCAUGAAGCAAAGGAUGUAUCUAUACAAUAUAUUGAGACUUUGCAAUAGUAUGUAUUUAACUUAAUUUGUGACUGUACGUUGACAUUUGUGAUGUGGAUGCCACACACACACACUAGUAAAUUACAAAUGUACACAGAAUUUUGUUAAAUUAGUAACAUCUCUUUGGCCAGAUAGCAACUUGUAAUUUUGGUUUCUCAAAAGUUGAAUACAUAUACAUUUCAUUAUUUAAAAACCGAGAUUCGUUUUAUUGAACUGCUAAUAUUUGUCUUUAUUAAACAUUUAUAGAAUUUGUAGGUCUUCUUUUUAAUUUAGCAUCUGCGUAGUGAACAGUGUUUGCAUAGAAGGGAGCAUCUUUCUAUAACAGCUGUGAAGGAGGUUGUUCAUAUAUAUAUAUAUAUAUAUAUAUAUAUACACACAGUACAGC